AUGCCGGCCCCAUCACUUUUCCAGCUGGCUAUGGCCACUGCGAUCCGAAAUGUGAAAUUCCUCGACGAUCUCGGCGGACUACCCUAUUUCCUUGCUCGCCCAAUCUUACAGAAAAUCGAUAAUCCCGAGAAACUGCACGCGCUAGAAGUACGAUCGCCCCAUCUCGCCAAAGAAGACAAAGAGAUCUGGCUUGAAUUUAUAAAGCGCGACAUUCCAAGAUGGGAACGAUACGAACUCCCAGAAGAAACGGACAAAUGGUACGAGGUAUACUGUGACCUCCGCGAAGCAGUUCAACGGGAGAUAGAUGCCGACGCAGAGAAGAUGAUGAUGGCUCUCAACGGAAUCAAAUCCGAACGGGAUCGAUUAACGCCAAAGAUAGUUGCCGCACCUGGAGGCAAAGGAAGACCACGGAUGAGACCGACAAGCAGUGUACGAUUUUCUGGACCUCGGUCGGACAUUUCGAGCUCUGCGGGGAAGAGAAAGCAGAAUAUAUUCACACCACAGCGUCGGAAUAAUGCCAUGGCGGUACCGACAAAGAAGUUGAAUACCCGUGCAUCACAGGUGAAGCAGGCACCUCGGUCUCUGAUUGAGAUACACCGGCGACCGGAGCCAUCUGGUUCUGGUUCUGGUUCUAAUUUGGCUCCAGCCACGAGGCCCGAGAAAGCAAUCCGGGCACCUGUCUCAUUCGGACGUUCGACCCCUGGACAGUCGAUCCAAGCCCCUAAUGGCUCAUUGCUAGCUGAGAGGGAGGCUCGUCUGCGGGCGAUAGCUUCUGGUAAACCGCCACCACCGUUGAGCACAGAGAAGAAGAUUCCAAUUCCCACUGGCGCUUCCUCGGCGAAGCAAGCAAAUCUCAAGCGCCAGGCUGCAUCUCCACCUCCACCGACGAACCCAACCACUGCCCAAGCGAGUACGGCUCCGGCUCCUGCUGCGCGCCCAGCUAUGCCUCGCAAGCGACCGGAUAGCGUAUUUAUGCCACCAAAGCGUCGACGUAUUACUUGA